CCCUCCGCCAGAGCCUUGGCAGACACCCCGCUGCAACCUCUUGUUUCACGUCUCCACCCGCUCAAAUUUGCUAGCAGGAGCAACGGCGCUCGCGGCUGCUUUUGAACUGGAAGCGCGGCGCAAAGGGGCUCGGGGCUUUUUCUCGGUGUGCGCGAGAAAUUACACCCACCACUCUUUCCAUGGUAACCGUAGGAGCCGCUACUUGGAGGUGGCUACUGUAUAAUCCUUGGGUUAUAUGCAAUGGUUCCAGAAGAGGGGAAGGGGGCCAACGCGCUGACCCCAGCCCCAGGAGCUGCGACGUUUCCCGCCUGCCCUUCUCCGGGAAUCAGCAAUUGAGCCAGAAGAGCUGCGGUCCGCGGGAGGAUCGCGUCGAGGACCAACCCCACGCUUGUUCUUAGCCACAGCCCUUUCCCGCCCUCCCGAAUCCUUCUUUGCUAUCCAUCAACCAAAGAAUUUUUCUGUCCCCCGAUUUUUGGCAGUGGCGGCGGCGGCGGCGGCGGCAACAGUGGCCGCCGCCCCUCCAGCCGGCCAUCUUGGAGCCAAACCCCGCCGCUGCCCAAGGACGAUGAGUGCUCCGGACGGACGGACGGACGGGCACUUGACCUUCGCCCUAUCCAGCUGCUGAGCCCCGCGCCCUGCCGUCCUUGAGGAUGAGCUCCGCAAACCCGGCGCUGCGGCUGCUGCUGCUCUUCCCGCUGGUGCUGAACACGCUGGGCAUGGAGCUGAUGGCCCCAGCCACUGUCUAUGCUCUGAAUGGCUCUUCCAUCCGGCUCAGCUGCACUUUCAAUUCCUGCUACCAGGUAGACAAGAAGCAGUUCUCACUGAACUGGACCUAUCAAACCUGCCAGAACUGCACCGAAGAGAUGUUCCUGCAGUUUAAGCUGAAAGUGGUUCCUGUGGAGCUGAAGCGUUUUGAGGAUCGUGUGGAGUUUACAGGGAACCCCAGGAAGAAUGAUGUGUCUUUCACCCUCCAUAACGUGCAGCUGGAGGAUGCAGGGCUGUACAACUGCUACGUGAUGAACCCGCCUGACCGACAAAAGGGCCAUGGCCAGAUCAGCCUCAAAGUCCUCACAGAAGAGCCCCCAGAACGGGACUCCACUGUGGCUGUGAUCGUGGGGGCCACUGUGGGGGGCUUCCUUGCUGUGGUGAUCCUCGCCUUGGUCAUUGUUAAGUGUGUCCGGCGCAAGAAGCAGCAGAGGCUCAACACGGAUGACCAGAAGACUGAAGAAGAGGGCAAGACAGAUGGGGAAGGGAACCCAGAGGAAGGCAUGAAGUAGGGGCACUCUCCCCCCAGGCUGGUCUCCCUGCUCCUCCUUGUCCCUGGCCACUUCUCCCACGGACUUUCUCAAAAGCAAAGAGCUCCACCCAACAUCUCAGAAAGACCCGGGUACUUUCUCCCUCCUCACCAGGGUGCUCUUGGACCAGAGCACAGCAGGGACUGGCGGCUAGCAGUGGGUUUUUAUGGGGGGGGGACUUUGCUGAAAUUGGAAACUGCCUGGGAUGAAUCUGUAUUCCUGUCCCAGACAGGUGGCUCCUCCAUUUGGACAGAAGAGGCCCUGCUUUAUGUCCCUGGCAAGAAGGCCUACCCCACCCUCCACCCUGCUGCUGCUGCCUUCAUGGCAAGUCUUGGGGAGGUGAAAGCUUGUUUCCUUUCCUCAUGGAGCACUGGGUUCCCUGCUGGAAGGGGCCUGAGAGGAGGCAGCUGGCUUAGGAGCCGAUGGGGUGAGGGCUCACAGCUGGAGGGGGGAGAAACUUCCAAAGCAGAAACUGCCAUUUCUCACUUCCCACCUUGAAUGCCAAGCACAACUCGCCACUGCCAAGAGAAUUCACUGCCUGCCAUGGGCCAGCAGCCAUCUCUCUUGCAGGACAGCACUGUGCCCCCCCAUCUUGCAAACCCACUGCUGGAUUGUUUGGAAGGAGUGCUGUUGACCCUCGCACCCUUCUCAUGAAAAACCCUGAAGGUUUUCUGCCUGGCAUAAGCAGGAGAUGUGUGCAAGUGCACAUGUAUGAUCUGAGGGGGAAGGAAGGAAGGAAGGAAGGAAGGAAGGAAGGAAGGAAGGAAGGAAGGAAGGAAGGAAGGAAGGAAGGAAGGUUGGUUGGUUGUUUGGGGCUUAAUAGAAGAAUUUCCACCUGGACCCACUGCAGCCAACUGGUCUUUGCUUUCUCUGCUUACAUCUUUCCUGCUAGUUAGAGCCUCAAAGCAAGAAUGGCCCUGGAGGCCUCCAUCCCCCCCCCCCAUUUCCGCUGCUGGGAUUCUCCACUCAGCAACCCCUGAACAAGCUCUGGGAAGGUGGCUCCUUUCCUAGGAUGCUCCCUGGGGGGUGAGAGCAAGUGAUUCCCCGGUUGGCUUCUGACUGUGCUGAUGUCUUUGGCUCUGCUGCUUCUCCCUGGAAUUGCACUUUGCUGUCUGUUGAUUGCAAAUCAUCCCCCUCAACCCCCCCCCUCAUGUUCCCAACACCUGCCCUCUGCUGAGAUGGAUUAUGCAACCUUUCUGUCCUUAUUUUGCAAAAUCUGCCAUUCAGUUUGAUAAGUCUCAACCUGAAAAGUUUUCAUCACUCUUUUUGUAACUGCAGAAUUGAGGUGACCUCCAUUUGCAUGGACAUCAAUAUUUCUUAUCCUGGGUCUGCUCAGGAAGUCCAACAGUCACCUGAAAUAAAGCAGAGCUUGCCUCUCAACA